UCUCCCGUAUCCCACUCGACCUUUCCAUCUCCCAAAACAAAUUCAAUGGAUGCUCCAUCUUCGCGUAUCAGGUCUUCAUGCUCAACCCAACUCUUAUUCCACUGUUCACCGUUAACCUUGACGCUCUGCACAAAAUCCCCUUUUCCACCCUGUCUAUCUGCCGUAAUUCUCAGCGUACCGUUGCCCACAGUCAUUGUAAUAUCGUCAAAUCGUGGGCUCAACAACAGAUAGACCGGCUGCGUAACAACCGGGUACAGUCCAAGCCAAUUCCAGACCAACCAGCUACUCAAAGCUCCCGCAUCGUCGUUACCCGGUAGACCGCUCGCAUCGUUGCCGUAAAAUUCGUCGGCGAUUUGUCGUGCCAUGGAUACGCUCUUCCACUGCCGCCCGGGGAGAUAGUUGUACAGGAACGGUGUCAUGAAACUGGGCUCAUUUCCUGGGUUAAAGAUCAUUGAUCCAGCGCUGUUGCCACCUGCGUCUGAACCGGAUAGCCCCGGAAUAAACAUGGCAUCAAGGCGCCGCUCGGCAGCCGCUGUGCCACCCAUUGUCUCUAUGAGAGUCGCCAUAUCAAAUGGAAUAGUCCAAGAGUAUUCCCACGGCACUCCUUCAUAAGCGACAGAGAGCCAGUCGCAAGCGCCACAAGAAAGGGGAUCAUGGGCCGCAUGAGAUCCGUUGGCGUACGUAGGAGCCAGGAAACCGGUAAAAUUUAGCGAGGUGAGGUUGGAGUCCCAGAGAUUUUUCCACCCGCGAGAUCGAUUGAGAUACAUGUCGACCUCCUGAGGCGCUUCGCCACGCGCUACCUGCGAAAGCGCAAAGUCGUUGAGCGAGUACUCGACAGUUUUGCUCAAACUCCGUCCGAAAGAGGGGGUCACAAAUCCGUACCUUUUCCAAUCUUCUAGCGCACCGCGGCCUUCUUUCGUGCUGCCUGAUGGGUCCUCGAAAUCGAAGUUAUUGUACGGGACUACCUCUGCAUUAGUCUUCAUAGCUUUGUAGCCAUCUUUCCAGUUGAUUCCUGGAAGACCCUUGACGUAUGCGUCAGCAAGCACAUUGUCAGAAUUACUUCCACCUUGCACGCGCCCAUUGUGGUUGUGCGCUCGACCUUCUGGCAUGAACCGUUCAUGUCUCCAGAUGUCGAUCAUUGACCUUAUGAUAUCCGUCAUUCUUUGCGGUACAAUCAAUGUGUGUAAGCCAUGCAAACACCUGAACGUGUCCCAAAGCGUGUAGUAGUCAUCGUAAUAGGGCUCAUCGGAUUCCCAGUACGGGUUCUCGCCUGUGCGGUCCGAAGGUAGGAGAUGGCCAUGAUAAAGCGCCGUAUAAAACAUGGUGUUCUCGGUAUCAUUGUUGGAAUUGAUUUGAAUCUUCGACAGAACUUCCGUGUUCCACGCUGUCUUCGCUUCGGUCACGGUUGUAUUGAGAUCCCAGUGCGGAAUCUCAUCUUCGAGGAAUGCGCACGCUUUCUCUGUUGAUAUCCACGAUAUUCCGACCUUGGACAUCACAGUUGUAGCGUUCGAUGGGAACUCGAAAAGCGCACCCACGCGAUCCGCGUAUUGGUACCCCACAAUACCUCCAGUAAGGUAGUUUGAGUCGCUAAAAGUCGUUGAUGUGAAUGUCGCAUUCGGCCAGUAAGGAUCAGUAGCAGGUCCGGAGAAGAAUUUCGCUUUGGUCGGCGUCGUGUCGAAUUUUCCGCAAAAGUAGACUCGGAAGUCCCCUCCGCCGACCCAGCCUUCUCUCCAGACGCCGUAGCCCAUAUAUUGAUCUCCAUGUUCGUUCCGCUCCAACACGCCGUUGCUAUACCAUUGUUCACGCUUUCCUUUUGACGGGAUGAAAUGGCUGAGAUCGAUCAGAACAUUCUUUGCGUCGUUCGCAGGACUCGUCUUGUAGUAGCCCACGCUUGCUUCAUCCGGCUUCGUACGUGGCUGCAUAUAUGUCAUAUUGUCCAUGAGAUUCACUCCGUCCAGAUUUUGAUCGCCGUCACGUUGCCAUCGGGCGUAUAUCCUGCAUUGGCCGCAAACGAAGUGUUCCACCUGAAAGACAGCAAAUUUGAAUUAGUUCAAGACGUUGCAACCAGAGCCAACAUAGCUGGCUUACCUUGUAGUGUCGAUUCCGACCUUCACUGCGCCAAACGGCAAUGCGGCGCCCGGAAACACAUUCCCGCUGCUGUAUGCACUUCCUGGAACUGGGCCCUCUGUUCCGAUGAAGAGGUUCACAUGUUUUGUAUAAUCCUGCUCGAUUGCGCGUGCUAAGGU